UCAUCCCAUGCCAAAUGUUCUGACAACCAAUAAAUCUCGUCCAUCCCACGCCUCGCCUUUUCUUCCUUCCUCUCUGCUCCUGCCACGAGCGCAGCGCUGUAGGAUAGGGAGCUGCGCCGCAUCCCCGGCCCUCCGCUCUCUCCUCCCUCCUCGGGGCGGGGCGGUCGAGGCCCAAAGGUGGGCGGUGGCUACGGAAAGUUCGAGAGCCGGGUUGGGAUCACGAGGAGCGGCGAUGGCGGAGCAGCAGUGGACCAGCAGCAUCAACCGGGCCAAUAAGAUGGCUCUGCUCACCUGGAUGAGAGAAACCGGCAUCGACCUGGUGCAGGUGAACGGGCAGCGGCGGUACGGCGGCCCUCCGCCAGGGUGGGUGGGCAGCCCGCCGCCCCCAGGCUCCGAGGUGUACAUCGCCAAGCUGCCGCGGGACCUGUAUGAGGACAAGCUCAUCCCGCUUUUCCAGAGCGUGGGGCAGCUCUACGAGUUCCGCCUCAUGCUGACCUUCAGCGGGCUGAACCGCGGCUUCGCCUACGCCAAGUACAGCGACCAGCACAGCGCCGGGAAGGCCAUCGCCGCCCUCAACAACUGGGAGGUGCAGGAGGGCCGCGCCAUCCUGGUGUGCCGGAGCUUCGAGAAGUGUGAGCUGAGCGUGAACGGGCUGCCCGCCACACUGCGCCGCGGGGAGCUGGGCGCCCUGCUGCUGGAGAUCACCGAGGGGCUGCUGGGCUUAACGCUGCACAACAGCCCCGACCACAAGCAGGGCAAGGUCGCCAUGCUGACCUACAGCUCACACCGGGCUGCCGCCAUGGCCAAGAAAGCCCUGGUGGAAGGGAACGUCGGCGUCUUCAAGAAGGCGAAGGUGGAGUGGCUGAAGCCUGAGCUGAAGGAAGAGCUGCAGGCGCGUGGGGAGAAGCCGCCCCCCAGCAACGUGCGGCGCCUGGGGAGCCCCAAGCGGGGGCUGCCAUCCUCGGAGCUGCGUGGCGCUCUGGGCAGACUGCAGGCCUUGUGCCGGUGGCUGCACCUGGGGAGCCCCCACUUCCUCACCAGCACCUUCCUGUGGGUGCGGGAGGAUGCGGCGGGCACUGCGGGGCACGAGAAGAUCAAAGAGGCGGUAGCACAGCUGGCCCUGAUGAUGCUGGGGUACUGAGGAUGUAUGCGGGCACGUGUUGUGCCCCAGCUAUGAAAUGAAUCCGAGACACCCGAUGUCACAUCGUGGAGCAGAGCUGAGCCCAGUGGGGCCGUGUUCCUGUUCAGCCUUGUUUUGAGUUCGUUGGGGGUUUGUUUAAGGGCCAUGUGGAGGGCGUGGGCACUGCUGCGUUCCCACCGGCGCUGGGUCCGUUGUGAGCAGCAGGCACGUCCUGCCUGCUGCCAUGUUUUCCUGUUGAUGAAGUUGUUUUGUGUUGCUGUGGUGCUGCAGGGCUCUCAGGAGGAGCAGCAGCUGCCUGGA